GGAUGCGCGCGCGGGCGCCUGGCUUGGCCUGAAUAUAGACCAGUCCCCCAACCAGGAACAAAUUCCCCAGAUCGAAAACUCCAGCCUUGCCCACGAAGCGACUCCUGUGGCCCAAAGCUGUUAUUGUUGAAAACUCUCUUGGCUUGGACUCACUUUACCCCCUGACAUUGAUAAUAAAGUGACGUUGGCUGCUGCAGAAGGAGUUCACCACCUACGACUUCCCCAGCAUGUCUGCUGAAAAUAAUCAGUUAUCAGGAGCAUCACCUCCUCACCCUCCCACAACUCCCCAAUAUUCCACACAGACCUUGCCUUCAGAGAAAGAGGAUACUGAAGUAGAACUAGAUGAGGAAAGUCUACAGGAUGAAUCUCCAUUUUCUCCAGAGGGAGAGUCUCUGGAGGACGAAGAGUAUCUGGAGGAGGAAGAGGAUCUGGAAGAGGAAGAGUAUCUGGGGAAAGAAGAAUACUUGAAGGAGGAAGAGUAUCUGGGGAAGGAAGGGUAUCUGGAGGAGGAAGAGUACCUGGGGAAGGAAGAGCAUCUGGAGGAGGAAGAGUAUCUGGGGAAGGAAGGGUAUCUGGAGAAGGAAGAUUAUAUUGAGGAGGUAGAUUAUCUGGGGAAGAAAGCGUAUCUGGAGGAGGAGGAGUAUCUGGGGAAGAAAUCAUAUCUAGAAGAAGAAAAGGCUCUGGAGAAGGAAGAGAAUCUGGAAGAGGAAGAAGCUCUGGAGAAGGAAGAGAAUCUGGAUGGAAAAGAAAAUCUGUAUAAAAAGUAUCUGAAAGAACCCAAGGCAAGUUAUUCAUCACAAACCAUGCUUCUUCGUGAUGCAAGGAGUCCAGACGCUGGCCCCUCUCAGGUGACCACCUUCUUGACUGUCCCGUUGACUUUCGCUACCCCUUCUCCUGUCUCUGAAUCUGCCACAGAGUCUUCUGAGUUGCUUCUGACAUUGUACAGGAGGAGCCAGGCCAGUCAGACAGACUGGUGCUACGACAGAGCUGCCGUAAAAUCUUUAAAAUCGAAAUCAGAAACAGAGCAAGAAACCACCACGAAGCCGGCUCCGGAAGAGCAUGUUAACACUAAAGUACAGCAAAAAAAGGAAGAAAAUGUCCUGGAGUUUGCUUCUAAAGAGAACUUUUGGGAUGGUAUAACAGAUGAGUCCAUUGACAAGCUGGAAGUGGAAGAUUUAGAUGAAAACUUUUUGAACAGCUCCUAUCAGACAGUAUUUAAAACAAUAAUCAAAGAAAUGGCUGCUCGCAAUGAACUGGAAGAGGAUUUUGACAUUCCUCUAACUAAGCUACUGGAAAGUGAAAACAGAUGGAAACUGGUAAUUAUGUUGAAGAAAAAUUAUGAAAAGUUCAAGGAAACAAUCUUAUGGAUUAAGAGGAGACGUGAAGCUCAAAAGUUAACAGAGAUGACCAGUUUCACAUUUCAUUUAAUGAGCAAACCAACACCUGAGAAGCCUGAGACAGAAGAAAUCCAAAAGCCUCAACGUGUUGGUCGUCGUAGGAAGAAAUUAGAACGAGAUAAGGAAUGGAUACAGAAGAAGACGGUGGUGCAUCAAGGUGAUGGAAAAUUAAUUCUCUACCCCAACAAGAAUGUCUAUCAAAUUCUCUUUCCUGAUGGGACAGGCCAGAUACAUUAUCCAUCAGGAAACCUGGCUAUGCUCAUCUUAUAUGCGAAAAUGAAAAAGUUCACAUACAUCAUUCUGGAAGACAGUCUAGAAGGGUGGAUCCGGGCCCUUAUCAACAACUCAGGCAAUGCUACCUUCUAUGAUGAAAACAGUGAUAUCUGGUUGAACCUGAGCUCCAACCUGGGCUACUACUUCCCCAAAGACAAACGCCAGAAGGCCUGGAACUGGUGGAAUCUGAACAUCCAUGUCCACGCACCCCCUGUCCAGCCCAUUUCCUUGAAAAUCAAUGAGUACAUCCAGGUACAAAUAAGGAGGCAGGAUAAGAUCAUCUUCUGCUUCACCUAUGAACAGAAGCAGAUUUGUUUAAACCUGGGCACCAGGUACAAGUUUCUGAUCCCGGAGGUGCUGAGUGAAAUGAAGAAGAAAACCAUCCUGGAGGCAGAACCCGGCCCAACAGCCCAGAAGAUCCGGGUCCUUCUGGGGAAAAUGAAUAGGCUCCUGAAUUACGCGACCACCCCUGAUCUGGAAAACUUCAUAGAGGCCAUCAGUAUAUCACUGAUGGACAACAAGUACCUGAAGAAGAUGCUCUCUAAACUCUGGUUUUAAGGCGGGGCUUAUCUGGCAUCCACCAAAUGCCUUAGGAAGUUGGAGACCUUGGGAGCUCCAGGGAAAAAAAAACCAAAGACCUGUUGACCUUUUAUGAGAGUUGGUUUGU